AACCGACAACGCUCAGCGUUGGAGGUGGAAGUCGAGGGUAGCCAUGGAGAUCGACGACGAGGCGGCGCCGAAGCCAACGCCUCACGAGCUUCUCGAGGAGUGCCGGACGGCAAUGGAGGAGAUCGCUGCCAAGAUGUUCUUCACCAAGAAGGAGUCCCUCCCCAAAUCCGACCUCCGCGAUCUCGUCACCCAGAUGUCACUCCUCUUCAUCACCCUUCGCCAGGUUAAUCGAACGAUAUUACUCGAAGAGGAUCGGAUUAAGUCGGAGACUGAUCGUGCGAAAGCGCCAGUGGAUUUCACGACGCUGCAGCUCCACAAUUUGAUGUAUGAGAAGAACCAUUACUUGAAAGCCAUUAAAGCUUGCAAGGAUUUUAGGUCGAAGCAUCAGGACAUUGAGCUUGUUCCUGAGGAGGAGUUCUUCCGCAGUGCUCCUGAAGAUAUCAAGGGCAAAGUUUUGGCCAGUGAUGGUGCUCAUGACUUGAUGCUGAAGAGACUCAAUUUCGAGCUUUUUCAGCGAAAAGAACUCUGCAAACUUCGUGAGAAAUUGGAGCAACAAAAAAGGAGCCUUGUGGACACAAUUAACAGCCGCAAAAAGUUCCUCUCUAGUCUCCCUUCACAUCUGAAAUCCUUAAAGAAGGCCUCGUUGCCUGUCCAGCAGCAACUAGGGAUUUUGCAUUCAAAGAAACAAAAGCAGUUUCAAGCCGCAGAGUUACUCCCACCUCCUCUUUACAUAAUUUACUCACAGUUAUUAGCUCAAAAAGAAGCUUUUGGGGAGAGAAUUGAAAUUGAGAUCCUAGGAAGUGUAAAAGAUGCUCAUUCUUUUGCCCUACAACAAGCAAAUAAUGACAAUGGUACAGUGACAAAUGGGGAGAACAAUAGAUUGGAGGAUGGACUUGAUGAAGAUGAGGAUACACAGAGACGAAGAAAGAGAUCAAAGAAAAAUGUUGUUAAGGAUGGUAAUGAUCAGGCAGGUGUCCAUCAGUUCCAUCCAUUGAAGAUAAUUCUCUGCAUAUAUGAUGAUGAGACUCUUGAAGAUAAGGCUUUAAAGUUGGUUAAUCUGAGGUUUGAAUACUCUGUGAAGCUGAAUGUUGUCUAUGUUGGAGUUGAAGAUGUUGAAGAAGGUUUGGAUGAUGAUAUCUUGUGCAACUUGUUUCCAGAUGACACUGGGCUCACACUACCUCAUCAGACUGCACUUUAUGCUGGGGGUUCUGUUGUAUUUGGUGAGAGGAGAAAAUCAUAUCCAUACAAGUGGGCACAGCAUUUAGCUGGGAUGGAUAUUUUGCCAGAGGCUCCUCCUUUGCAAGCUUCCAGUGUAACUUCUAAUAAAACACGACAGGUUUCUAAUGGCCAUUCUGGGCUUUCCCUUUAUCGUCAUCAAAACCGUGUACAGACAGUUUUGCAAAAGAUCCGCUCUAGAAAAAAGGCUCAGAUGGCUCUUGUGGAGCAGCUCAGUGCCUUGAGGAAGCUCAAAUGGCCUUUCAUUUCAUACAAAAAUGUUCCAUGGGCCCUUCACACCCCUUAUUGUACUUUGCAUCAAUGGUCACUGGCAGGGAUAUCUGAUGGUUCAUCUUCUGGUGUUGCUGUAGAACAAAUUAUAGAUCCUGCAGGCUCUGAUAUGGAUAGGAGAUCUGCUGCGUCAUGGGAUGAAGCAGAGGGUGCAAGGGAAGAUGGUGAGCUUCCAUUAGCAGUCACGGUUGCCUCAUCAGCAGAGAAACCAAAAACUACAUCUUCAAGUGGGUUUUCCGAUCUUGAACAUUCUAGAAGCUUUUCUUUGCUUGCAAAGAAUUUGACUCCUAAGAAGAUCAAAUCUCAACACUUGCUUGUGCAUAAAGAUGAGGAUGAUUUAGAACUUAUGAUUGACAGUGAGAGUGAUGUAGAAGAGCAAGUGUUAGACCAAGAAACUGAAAUUUUAAGGACAGGUAGUGAGAAACCUUGGGAAGACUUCGCUGCAAGGGAAUUUCAUUUGGUUUUGACAAGAAAGGAUAAAACUGAGCAGAUUGUCAUGUUGGAAGCCAAGGUGAAAAUCAGCAUUGAGUAUCCUCUGAGGCCUCCUCUUUUCCAAUUAAAAUUAUCGGGAGAUGAUCGCCAAGGUUCAUGGCACAAUGAACUUCGUGCUAUGGAAGCAGAGGUAAAUCUUCAUAUUCUCAGGCAUCUGCCACUAGAUUAUGAAAAUUACAUCUUAGCUCACCAAGUCCACUGCUUAGCUAUGCUCUUUGAUUUUCAAUUCGAGUCACGUCCUGAUAAAAGAAAGAGUUCUGUAAUUGAUGUCGGACUAUGUGAACCAGUUAGUGGAAGUAUUGUCAGCAGAUCUUUUAGAGGAAGAGAUCGAAGAAAAAUCAUUUCUUGGAAGGGAAUUGGAUGCACUCUUGGAUAUCCAUACUAGAAGCUCACAACUAUAUCUAUCCCACCAGAUCUUUUAUUUCACCUGCUAUUGUUGAAUUAAAUUGUUGUUAAUGAAGUUGCCAAGUUGUGUUCCUGAUAUAUCCUGGGCUUGGUCUGAUUGUUUGGAGCUCAUGCUGUUUCUAGAUGUUGAUUUUGUUGAUGCUAUAUUUGUACUCAUUGUAUCAUUUACAGCUUCCCUUAAUGUCUUGUAUUAAUCCAAAGAGCUUCACCAGGGCUGGCAGAUGUAUCUGAUGUUUUGAUGUUCUUAUUUUAUUU